AUGGUUAUAAUCUCUGAGAGAGGAAAAAGAUUCUGGGAUGGAGGCUUUGAAAUAGAGAAACGCAGCAACACAGCAACACAUCAUUCGGAUACAAACCCUCAAAAAGGAAACGACAUCUCCUGGACCUUCCUAGCCACCCCAAACUUCCUAGCCCAGAAGGGUUUCGCUUGCUUCGCCCUCGACCUUCAAGGCCACGACCACUCCGGCGGCCUCAAAGCCUUCGUCCCCGACGUUGACCUCGCCGUUGACGAUUGCCUUUCCUUCUUCACCUCCAUCAAGAACCUCCCUCGCUUCAACGGCUUGCCCUGCUUCCUUUACGGCGAGUCAAUGGGCGGUGCGAUUUGCCUCCUUAUCCACUUCGCUGACCCGAAAGCGUUCCAAGGUGCGAUAUUGGUGGCACCCAUGUGCAGAAUCUCCGAUAAGGUUAGACCCAGAUGGCCGAUUCCUCAUAUCCUCACUUUCCUUGCGAGAUUCUUCCUUACUCUCUCUAUUGUUCCCACCCGAGAUCUUCUGUACAGGUCUGUGAAGGUGGAUCACAUGAAGGUGAUUGUUGCGAUGAACCCGUUGAGGUAUAGGAGAAAACCCAGGUUGGGGACUGUGUUGGAGCUGCUGGGAAUCACUGAUGUGUUGAGCAAGAAGCUCUGUUCUUAUUAG